AGCACCUUGCAGCAUGGUUGCACUGAUCACUUUAGCCUACGCCAGUCUGCUGGGUUUGGCUCACGCGCAAUUCCCUCCCAAGCUCGAAGGAGUAACAGUGAUCCAAUCCAAGCUCCACGAGGGCGUGAGCAUCUCAUACAAAGAGCCCGGAAUCUGCGAAACCACCCCCGGGGUCCGCUCCUACUCGGGCUACGUCCACCUGCCCUCGGGGUUCCUGAACGAAAGCGACAGCGGGCCGCAAGAUUACCCGAUCAACACGUUCUUCUGGUUCUUUGAAUCCCGCAAAGACCCCGAGAAUGCCCCACUAGCCAUCUGGCUCAACGGCGGCCCCGGCGGGUCUUCCCUCAUGGGCCUCUUCGAGGAACUGGGCCCGUGCACCGUCGCCGAGGACGCGCAAACCACCAUCCUCAACCCCUACAGCUGGAACAACGAGGUCAACCUCCUCUUCCUGGACCAACCGGUGCAGGUCGGAUUCUCGUACGACGUGCCGACCAACGGGACCAUCUUCGCCGACACCAACGGUGAAGGUGGCAAGAUCCAGCCCGGGGAUUUUGGGUCCGAUAUCCCGGAGUCGAAUCUCACCCAUCUGGUGGGCACCUUUGCCAGCCAGCAGGUCAACUCCACCGCGGAUACGACGGCGCAUGCGGCACCGGCGCUAUGGCAGUUCGUGCAGACCUGGUUCUUCGAGUUCCCGCACUACCGGCCGCGGGAUGAUCGCAUUAGUCUGUGGGCCGAGAGUUACGGGGGUCACUAUGGGCCGGGAUUCUUUCGCUUCUUCCAGGAGCAGAAUGAGCGGGUCGCGGACGGGGUGGCGGAGCCUGGAGCAAGGCCUUUGCACUUGGAUACAUUGGGGAUCGUGAAUGGGUUGAUCGAUUCGUUGGUGCAGGGGGAGUCGUACAUCCAUCUUGGAUAUAAUAAUACGUACGGGAUUGAGAUCUUCAACCAGUCGACUUACGCAGCGCUCUUGGACCAUUGGGAGCGACCGGGGGGUUGUCGUGAUCGGUUGGUCAAGUGUCGGGCGGCUUUGAGGGAUCGCGAUGCAGGCGUCGUCCCGUCGCCGAAUAUCACCGCUAUCUGCGAGGGAAUCGAGCAGGGUUGCGCAGGGGGUGCGCCUCAGUUAUAUGAACGCGAGUUGAACCACUCCUGGUACGACAUCACCCAUCCCAAGCACGAUCCUUUCCCGGCCAAAUCAUGGCUGGGAUAUCUCACCCAAGAAUCCGUCCUCUCUGCCCUGGGCGUCCCCGUCAACUUCACUGGGGCCUCCCCGGCCGUGAGCGACGCUUUCGUCGACGCGAUCGACAUCGACCACGGCGGCUUCCUCGACGCCAUCGCCUACCUCCUCGACAGUGGCGUGAAGGUCCACAUGAUGUACGGCGACCGCGACUUCGCCUGUAACUGGCUUGGAGGCGAAGCGGCCAGUCUGGCGGUGCCCUACUCCCGCGCGGAGGACUUUGCCGAGGCUGGAUACACCCCGCUCCUCACCUCGGACGGGGUGAAAGGCAUGACGAGACAGCUGGGCAACUUCAGUUUCACCCGUGUAUAUCAGGCCGGUCAUGAGGUGCCUUCGUAUCAGCCGCGGGCCGCGCUGGAGAUCUUUAACCGAGCGACCUUCGAUCGGGAUAUACCGUCCGGGUUGGUGCAGGUGACCGAUGACUUUCGCACGGUCGGCUUGCGGGACACCUGGAGUAUUAAGAAUGAGCGGCAGCCAGUGCCAAAGGCCAGGUGCUAUAUUCUGUAUCCGGCAACUUGUGAGCCGGAGGUGUGGAAGACGGUUCUGGAUGGGACGGCCGUGGUGAGGAACUGGUAUGUUGUGGAGGAAGAAGAAGAAGACCAUGGUCUAGUGGAUUGGCGCAGUCAGGUUGUCUUGAACGGGGCAGCUUGAUACAGCUUGUUUCUGGAGAGUAACUAUG